UAGAAACGACCAUAUACGCUAUAAGCUGUACUUAGUCAAGCAUCAUUCCUGAGACACAUAUAAGGGAUUCACAAUGUCUGCACACAUCAACAAAGAUUUUCUGCCUUACUACAGACAAAAGUAUACUGAGCACGAACCUAUCCUUAGAACGCAGCUUGCUGGCCAGAUAGGUGACAUUGUACGAGAUUUAAAAUGUCGCAAUGUCCUGCAAGAUCACCAAGCGAGGAGAAUUUUGACAGGAGUAGAUACAAGACCAGAAGAUUGUGUAUCAGAAUUAAUUGACACACUCAAACAAUACCGCGAUUGCCAUUUUAAAACUUUUAUGGAAUGUUUGACAGAGCUCGGUUAUGGAAAUUUAGUAAAGGAAAUAACAGGUAGCGAAGAGAUAAGGCAGUAUGAGGAAAUAGAUCAAGGGCAUUUUAUACAGUGUGACGUAGAUCAUGUGAAACCAUGUAAUCCUGAAUUUGUUAGAGACAAAUUGAAAACUGGUGUGUAUACCAUGAAAGAGAAAAAAAGGGGGAUAUGUCUGAUAAUAAACAACUACUUUUACCCCGAAGAUUCAUAUGGAUAUCGUAAAGGAACGGAUAAAGAUGCAAUGGAGUUGACUGCUCUGUUCGAGGACCUGGAGUUUGAUGUCAGAGAAGAAAAGGAGUUGAAAGCUUCGGAAAUGGAGCAAAAGCUUAAAUCAUACAGUCAGGAAAUUAAAGAUUCAGACGAUUGUUUUAUGCUAUUUAUUCUAACUCAUGGUAAAGAAGGGUAUGUACAAGGAACGGAUGGGGAGUUUGUGAAAAUAGAUGUUAUCAAAGACUAUUUUAGUUCUGACAAGUGCCCAAAGUUAAAAGACAAACCGAAAUUGUUCUUCAUACAAGCGUGCCAGGGAACUCGUACAGAACAUAUGGAAUUGACUGACACCGUGGAACCUAUUGCUGACUACUAUCUGGCUAUAGCCACAACCCCAGGUUUUGUCGCUUAUCGACAUCCGGUACUUGGUUCCUGGUUUAUUCAAGCAAUUGUAGCUACAAUCAAAACAUAUGCAUGUGAGGAAUCGUUCAAGGAGAUGAUGAAGCGGAUUGGACAGAAAAUGAAAGAUGUGGGGAGUCGUCUAAAUCCCCAUGAAAUGACAUCGGUAAACGAUCCUGCUAUAAGAAAACGAAUUGUGAAUGUAGCAACCCCAUUUUACGAUGAUCAGUUGAAGAAGGAAUUAUACUUUUUUCCAAAAAGUGGAACUGAUCUUGUUCGGUGAAUUUCCGUGAAAUUUAGAAACAAAGAACCUUUGUAUGAUUAUCUUGUACUUUAUACAUUUUAUAUUCUUUGCUGUUUGCUUUCUUUUAAGUAUUAGUUUAUUCUAAAUAUUUUCGUAAAAUUGAAACCUAAUGGUCAAUAUAUGUAGUAAUCUAUCUCUUGUGUUAGAAGGGAGGUUAAGACCACUAAAUGUUUGCUUUGGAGCAUGUUUGAAAAUUGUUACCAAUAAUGGGCUUAUUCUAAUGUAUUUUAAAAGAACCAACUUCAUCUAUAUCAGCAAAAUAUGAAGUUGUUACUGUGUAUCAAAAAUUAUUUUUAUUGUUAUUUUUGUAUAUUGCAUUUUCCUGCCAUUUAUUGAUAACACAUUCCAUUUCAUAUGGCCUACUGCAUAUUUUAAUCAUUGUAUCAUAAAUCUCUUUUGUUUUUGGUUUUGAACUAAAGCAAUAUUAUUAUUUUUCAUCUGUUUAAUAGUUUUUUAUUACACUAUAUUUUUUCGGGACAGAUUUGAAAAUUCGCUGAGUCAUGGUCCCUUCAGUUUUGUCUAAAAGUGUUCCAAAAUUAUUCCCGAGUAAUUAAAAUUACCAUGCAUUGUCAAUAAUAGUCACUUAACAUGCAUCGUCAAAAUCUAGUCGGAAGUCAAACAUAUACAAAUGUUGAUCUGGUAUUAUCUCCGUAACAAAUGGUUUCAUUGGCUAAUCCCUCGUGCCAUCCAGAACGCAGGUUAUAUAACAACUCUUCCAGAUCCUAGUGUAGUACAGUCGAAUAAACCGAAAUUUUGAAUUAUAAAAAACGAAACGAAAUAGGAUGUGUGUUUUAAUACGAUUAUAUUGAGUAGUAUUAAAUACAUUGUCUCCUCGAAAAAUGUUGUUAGUGGUUUUAAUGCGGUAAAAUAUCUUUUAUGUCUA